GAGCCUGAACAAACAAAACAUAUAAAGAAGCUUAGUACAUUGCCUCAAUAUCACAGAAUAUUUCUUGGGAAUAUAAAUUGCCUCAAUAUCACAGAAUAUUUCAUCUCAAACGGUCAGCUUAAUACAUUGAAUUUUCUGCCAUCAAUUUUGGUGCAGACAGGAAGUUUUUCAGCUCGAGUAAAAUUCAAUACACAUGAGUAGUUCUUUCCUCAUUGGGUGAAUAUUCCAGCUUGACAUUUGGUGUGUGCGGGACAAUUUAACCAAAAUCCACUUGAUCCUGAGUAAUUCUGAGGUUCUGAGGUUUUCUUGGGUUCUGCUGAGGAUUUCUUGUACGAUUGCUGAGCACCAUUGCCUUGCGUCCAUCGUCAUAAUUGCUCUCUAUGUUCAGACAUCACUGAUGGCAAGUGCAGGGACAAGCACCCGUACAACGACCAGCACGGAUGAUGGUCUUUUAAUUCGUGAGGUAUGGGCAGCUAAUCUGGAAGAAGAAUUCAGGCUAAUUAGUGAAAUCGUAGAUGAUUAUCCGUACUUAGCCAUGGACACAGAAUACCCCGGGGUCGUUUUUAACCCUGUGGGCAGUUUCCAGAGUGAUGCAGAAUACAAGUACGCCAAGCUCAGAGACAAUGUGAAUCUAUUGAAAUUAAUUCAAUUGGGUUUCACAUUUUCUGAUAAGAAUGGCAACUUGCCCAAAUGUGGAACUAAUCAGGAAUGCGUGUGGCAGUUCAAUUUCAGGGAGUUCAAUAGCCAUAUUGAUAAGUAUAAUCUUUCUUCGAUCGAGAUGCUUAAGCAGUGUGGUAUUGAUUUUCAGAGGAAUGAGCAAUUUGGUAUUGAUUCCAAAGUUUUUAGGGAGCUUUUCAUGUCCUCUGGGGUGUUGCUAAAAGAGAAUGUACAGUGGAUUACAUUUCACGGGGGAUAUGAUUUUGGGUACCUGAUGAAAUUGCUCUCGAAGCAAGAUUUGCCGAAAGAUCAAGCUGAUUUUUUCAAGCUAUUUAGGACCUAUUUCCGUAAAUCGUAUGAUACCAAGAUUUUGUCAAAACAUUGCAUUGAACGCCUCCCUGAUGGAUUGAGCAUGCUGGCAGAACAUCUGAAGGUGGAAAGGGUUGGAUCUAGCCACCAAGCUGGCUCUGAUAGCUUGCUUACUUCACGUGUCUUUUGGAAGCUGCAACAGGGUUUUAUUAAUGGAUCUAUUGAGCCUCUUUCUGGUCUUUUCUGGUAUUGAGCAAUGAGAAUGGGAGCCCAAGUAUUUUAUUGCCCCUCUUUGUGUACCGCAAUGUCUUUGGUAUAGAAUCUUCUUUCAUGCCACCUAUUUUUUCUCAUAAUAUCAAAAUACCUCAAUUCUUUAAAUUGUUUUUCCACCGAAACAGAGUGAGCUAUUUUCUUUCCACUUAAAAUGCAUUGUUGAUUUAGUAUCUGCAGUUGCAGUGCAUAGUGUUAUGUAAUUCCACCAUUUUCUUUCUCUUAAGACGUGGGCUACUCUGGUGGAACAUAAUAUAACUCUUACAAGAAAAGAUGAGAAAAUGUCCGCAUAUCUACAAAGGUUAAUUUUUAAUAUUUUGCUGUAGAAGAACAUGCAUGGAUUUCUUUUAGAGAUUCAAGGCCUAUACAGUCUUUAGUUAUUGAGGAAACUAAUUGUAGUUAAAACUAAUUGGAUCUCUAGUUUCUCCGUGGUAGUUGUUUAUUUUCAGUAUAAGUUGAAUUUCUUGGAUGUGAAUGCAGUAUGUAUGUAUAAUGGAGGAAAAGAUC